AUGCCCAGGUCAGGGAGAGGGGCGAGGCGGAGGGAGGAUGAGGUUUUUCUCCCUGAAGCCCCGCCGGGGGGCUCGGAGCAGGGUCGGGAGGGGUUUGGUCCCCGGGCUGAGGCGGCCGCAGAGCUGACGGUGCAUUUUACGGCGCGCGGGGAGAUCGGUGAGUUCUGCCGCCGUCUGUCCGUCCGUCCGUCCGCGGGGCGCCGUGAGGCCGCGCUGCUCCCGGCCGGAGGGGCUCUGCUCGGGAGAGGCUGGAGCUUCCAUGACAGACGAGCAGCCAUUAACCCUUUCGGAGCCCCCACUCCUGGAGUCGAUUUCAGCGGGGAAGGGGAUCCCCACUGGGACCCCACCACGCUUGUGGCCAAAGUGCCAUUGAGCGCCCCAGCGUUCAUUCCCCAGAACCUGCAGCAGGUGAUGCCCAGCCUCCUCCGAGCUGCUGCUCGCCUCGCCAGCAGGGAGCACGAUUACAAAUCCCACUCGGUGCCCAGCAAGUCCCGUCCUGCUCCACCCAGGACAGACGGGAACAGGAUUUGCAGCUUGUUUACUCUGCAGCUGAGAGCAGCGGACCGCCAGGUUUUGCUGCUGGAUCCUGCUGCAGGAUCGACGGCUGUGAAACCAGCCCUGGCACCAGGACAUCAGCCAGGCUGGCCCAGGUGUGCUGCAGCUGCACCAUCCCCAGCCCAGAGCAGCCCCACGGAGCCCACAUCACAGGCACUCCCCAGGACCAGCAUCAUCCACACCAGAAAAUGUGCAGCUCGGUGCUUCAGAGAGCAAAUCCUGGGCCCACCCUUUUCUCCUUUGGGGCAAUAAUGGUCCUCACCAUGUAAAGGCCAGGUAAAAGCUGGAAAUACAUUUAAUGGUUAUACAUGAACUGUCCAUUGCAUCAGUAGGGUCCUUAGGGGCCUCGCCCAUGGAAAGGGCACCCAAACCCCAACACCAGGGAAUAGGGAUGCUGGACAGGACACACAGGUUUUCCCGAGAAAGGCAAGCACCAAACCCAUCCUGCCCCACCUUGCUGCUUCAGAGCCAGAAAAUGGACAGGACUCGUUAUCCUCUUUAGAAAAGCAGAGCUUGCAAUCGUGUGCCAAGACAGGUAUCAGCCAGAUUCCUGUCUCUGGGAGAUUUUGGAGUCCACAGGCCAAACUGAAGCAGCGUGGCUCUUGCAGUGCGCAGCCCGUCCCAGCUCCAGGAUUAAAACCACCGUGUCUGCAAACAAAACAUUGGCACCUGCCAGGAGAGCCAGCUGGGGAGGAGAGCCAGCCUGCAGCUGCUGCUGCCCUGCCGGCCACAGCACGGUGCCCAGCAGCCAAGCGCCAGGAUCAGGCCCACG